GUAAUGUGACUGCCGUCGACCUCUUCGAACGUGCUACCGAUACUCUGCGCAGAAUCGGCUUGCGGAGGUGUGUUGUACCACAAUGUUAUCGGGCUUGUUGUUUUAUCUCGUGUCCCGAUUGUUGUUGAUUCCGUCGAAUUGGUAGGGAAAAAAAAGGAGAGGAGGAUAGAGGAAGAGAAAGCAGUGAGCGAGAAAGAGCGCAGUGCGUGAGUUCUAUUGGUCAAGAGUGAGGACGCGUUCCUCCGUUCCUUCCGGUGAGAAUCGCGCCGCAUCAUCGACGUUUCGCCGUGACGACCCGCUGGCGCUACCUCCUGGACCGAUUUCGUUUGUCUGUCAUAACCUUGAAUCAAGAUAACGUCCCAAUGGCACAUUGGUAAGUACCGUGACGAUUAGAGGGACAUCGUGCCUGCGAACGAGGCCUCGCGAACGAGGACUCGUGACUCCGAGGUGUCGGUUAAUUGUGCGCCACACGGAUAUCCACGAACUUCCGGACACAAGGACGUUCUUCCGCGAUCGGACGUGGACGUGAAGAAGGCUGUGAAGAUCGCGCUGAUUGCUUUCGCCGGAGCCUACCGCUAGACUUGCCGUCCAAGCGAGCUCCUGGUGAUCACGAGCACCUCAAUUAAAACGUGAAAUCAUGGCGCGAAACGCGAAAAGUGAACGUCCGCUCCUGAACUCGCGCACACAGUGAAUCUUGACGCCGAAUGCGCGCUCAGCCGAUCACGUGAGGCGCUUCGCCGGGUUGAUUUUCGUCUCGCAGACAUCGACGUUGAGAAUCACGUUCGCGUGAACGUGGUCAUUUUUUUUUCGAAGGAACAACGUCACACAGGAAAGUGGAUACGCGUAUGCGUACGAGUGUGCAUGCGCGUGUAUGCGCGUGUACGUGCAUCUGCGCGCGGCCGAAAUUGUAGGAACAAUACCGUGCCGGAAGUGGCGAAUGGGUGGCCUGUACGACUGUUUGAGAUGGAAGUGAGUAAUAGCAGAGUAAAGUGACCGCUGUAUUGGUCGUGAUGAUCAUCGUACGGCCAUAAACUGUCGCCCGUGUGAUUCAAUUGCUACCGCAAGCCGACCCAGCAGUAACGAUGCAUCACUACUACACGCAAGAAGACAUAGAUCGCGUCGAGUACUUGAUGUCAGGAAGUCCACGGAGUUAUCCAGCACGAUCCCCGGGGGUCGCUUCCACGCCAACCGUGACCAGGCUUCCGCCACCGCAACAGCAAGUGGCGGUGGGUUCUCUAGGCAGUGGUUUAGGCAGCGCCGGAAAUGGCGGUACUGCAACGGUAGGCGCGCAAGGCCAAGGCAUGGUGAUGCCAGGUUUCCCACUUCGUGCUGCCGCGGUGCCGCACUACUCCCCAUACUCACCGUCGCGCUUUCACAUCGAUAAACGUUGUCAGCAUAGGUGCUCAUGGAAAUGCUUCUCGAUCAUGCUCAUUCUUCUGGCCGUCGCGUUAACGGCGAUGCUGGCAUAUUUCGCUGCAGUGAGCUCUAUGCGCCCGAUCGAUAGUACUAACUGCAUUCUGGUUCAAGAUAUCAAGGCUGUCACUCACGAAAACGCACAUAUUCACGACUCGAUAUCUACGCAGAUACCUACAGAAGAAUCCUUAUCCACGAGUACAGCGGAGCACUCGAACGCUGCGGACAGCGUCGGCGAUCAGCAGAGCGAUCCGCAGAUCCAGCAAUCCGCGCAGCAAUGGCCAGCCGUGCUGGAGUUGCAGGCGUACAAUGUCGCACACUCCGCCCUUAUACCAUCGUACCACUUCUGGAACACCGAGUUUCGCAACAAACAGCCGGCGUUCAUCCGGUUGAACCUGACCCUGCCGUGGGGUGCGAACUUCGCCGUUUACGGCAGACGGAACGUCGCGCCCAGCGUCACGCAAUACGACUUCGUGGAGUUCGUGAAGGGCGGCAGGAUCGUUCACAGGCUGAAGAGGGACGCCACCGCGGAGGCCGUCAGCUUCAUGAAGUCCGUCAGCAUGCAGGAUUCCUACGUGAAACGCGCUGCCGAAUCGCCCACGUCUUAUCAGCACGUGCUGAUCAAGAGAACGAUAGCCGAACCGAUGACGGUCAAUGUCAGUCUGCUGCAGUAUUUCGACACUGGCGACUGGUUCUUGUCUGUAUAUAACGAUGAGCUGCAGCCUUAUAAAGUCACGUUGGUUGUAACGGAAGCCGAGGGCGUCUCCACUACAUGUCCUAACGAUUGUUCCGGACGCGGAUCCUGCUACCUCGGCAAGUGCGACUGCAUAGACGGAUAUCAGGGUGCUGAUUGCAGUAAGAGUGUAUGCCCGGUAUUGUGCUCGUCUCAUGGACAAUACGGUGGUGGCAUGUGUCAUUGCGAGGAGGGUUGGAAAGGCGCAGAAUGCGACAUACCGUUAGGCGACUGCCAAGUGCUCGACUGCAAUCGGCACGGGCAAUGCGUCAGAGGAUCCUGCGUCUGUAAUCCAGGCUGGAAGGGCGCCUUGUGCGACGAGCCCGACUGUGCCGACCCCAACUGCAGCGGUCACGGCGCCUGUAUCUCCGGCAAAUGUUAUUGCAAGGCGGGCUGGCAGGGCGAACGAUGCAAUCAGGUCGAUCAGCAGGUGUACCAAUGCCUGCCGGGGUGUUCCGAUCACGGCACGUAUGACCUCGAGUCCGCGGCCUGUGUUUGCGAGGAACACUGGACCGGUGUUGAUUGUUCGCAGCCGAGCUGCGGCCUGGACUGCGGACUUCACGGAUCUUGCGAGCAGGGUCGUUGCAAAUGUCACGACGAUUGGACUGGGGUGAAAUGCGAUCAGAAGCCGUGCGAUCUGCGCUGCGCCGAACACGGCCAAUGCAAAAACGGGACCUGCGUGUGCAGUCAAGGAUGGAACGGAAGACAUUGCACAUUGCCUGGAUGUGCAAAUGGAUGCAGCCGCCACGGACUGUGCACGUUGCAGAACGGCGAAUACAGUUGCAAAUGCUCGAGCGGAUGGGCCGGUAGGGAUUGCAGCAUACGGUUGGAAGUGGAAUGCGACGACUACAUCGAUAAUGAUGAAGAUGGCAUGGUGGACUGUUCUGACAGCGAGUGCUGUUCGCGCAAGGCUUGUUCGGAACACAUCAUGUGCCUCGCCAGUAAUAAUCCCGUGGACGUUCUUCUGCGAAAGCAACCGCCUAGCGUUACCGCAUCUUUCUAUCAGCGAAUGAAGUUCCUCGUCGAGGAGAAUAGCGUACAAAGCUACGCCCAUAUGAACGAGUACACGGAAAGCAUCAGCAGAUUAAUGGGUCGACGAAACGAUCCCGCUUCAGUGGACUGCGAUAUAUCUAUAAUUUGUAACAGUCGAGUUGCGGUGAUGCGAGGCCAAGUUGUUACCGAACAAGGACUCGGAAUAGUAGGCAUCCGGGUGUCCGUGGACAGAGAUUCGCGCUUUGGAUUCACCUUGACCAGAGCCGACGGAUGGUUCGACGUCCUGGUCAAUGGCGGAGGUGCCGUGACGCUUCAAUUCCAGCGCAGCCCCUUCAUACCUCUUACGAGGACCGUCUUCGUACCGUGGAAUCAGAUCGUCGUCCUACCACCCGUUGUGAUGACCCUCAGCAAGGAAGGCGAAUUGUAUAAAUCUAACCAGCCACCGACUCCGGCAAUGGGUUUCCCAGGAAUUUCGAUGGGACUAUUUAGCGAGCACGUCCCGUGCUUGGAGCACGAUCACGAGAUACUGCGGCCCGUCAUUGUCAGCACAUGGAUGCCAGAGAAAGUCGGUGGUUUACUUGGAAAAAGCUUGGUCUUCGCUGAAAGUCAGAUCGUGCAGGAAAGCAUCGCUAUUUCGGGCACAAACCUCCACUUGAUGUAUCAAAGCCGCCAGGCUGCGGGCUACCUCUCUACCGUGAGAAUGCAACUGACUGGGUCGUUCAUUCCGAAAUCGCUGACGCACGUACACGUGUACGUGGAGAUCGAGGGCACGCUUCACACGAAAACGUACGAGGCCGAUCCGAACCUGACGCAUACGUUCGCCUGGAACAAGAGGAACAUUUACAAGCAAAAGGUGUACGGCGUGGCGCAGGCGAGGAUCUCGAUCGGCUAUCAGCAUUCCACUUGUCCGUCAGUGAUAUGGGAGACACAGAUGGUCACGGUGCAAGGAUCCGACGUCGAUAUUUCCGACAUCGGCGGUUGGGGACUCGAUAUCCAUCACUAUUACAAUUUCCACAAGGGGAUUUUGCAGAGAAGCGAUGGCUCUACUCUCCAUUUCAAACAAUAUCCACGAACCGUUAAGGUGGUGAUGGGCACCGGCCUACAAAGGAGCUUAGUGUGUCAGAAUUGCGACGGCCUCGCGAAAGAUGCCAGACUUCUGACUCCGGUAGCGCUCACCAGUGGACCUGACGGUAGCAUUUACGUGGGAGACUUUAAUCUCGUGCGUCGGAUUACACCCGAAGGGAAGGUUUACACCGUUCUGAUUUUAAGCGCGACUCAAGUGGCGUAUCAGUACUAUCUGUGCAUUUCACCGACUGAUGGGCACUUGUACAUCAGCGAUCCGGAGAAGCAUCAAAUAUUGAAGGCUCUCUCACUGGAACAAGUCCAAGACCCUAGCAUCAAUAUCGAAUCUGUCGUUGGAAGCGGUGAGAGAUGUAUUCCAGGCGACGAAGAUCACUGCGGCGACGAAGGCCCAGCUAUCCAUGCGAAAUUGGCUCAUCCUAAAGGAAUCGCAAUUGCCGCCGACAAAACAAUAUAUAUCGCCGAUGGGACCAACAUUCGCGCGGUUGAUCCUCGAGGUAUCAUACAUACGCUCGUAGGACACCACGGUCAUCAUAAUCAUUGGUCACCUGCGCCCUGCGUCGGAGCUAUUCCGGCACACCAAGCUCAACUACAAUGGCCAACAGGAUUAGCUGUAAAUCCGCUGGACGGAUCUUUGCAUUUCAUCGACGAUAGGCUGGUCUUGAAGCUCACCAGUGAUCUGAAAGUGCGCGUGGUUGCUGGCACGCCUCUUCAUUGCACCAGUAAUGCCAACAGCAACAGCAACGGUAACGGUAACGGAGAGCUACCGAAGUUGAAUUCGUCAACAACGAUCAAUUCGAAGAAGUUGGACGAAGUGCUCGGAUCAGUGUUAGCCAUCGGUUUCAGUCCAACCGGCGAUUUGUAUAUAGCCGAUCGCGAUUCUCACCGAGUGAACUCCAUCAGGGUCGUCGAUUCGUCCGGAAAAAUGUCGCACUUUGCUGGUCAGCAGCAGGAGAGAUUACGCGGUCAAUGCGAGUGUAACAAUACGACACCCAGCACUAAGGACAUGGACGCCUGCGCCUGCACAGACGACAUCAGCAGCACCGAAACGCUUUUAUCAUCGAACGCUAAGUUCACUGCGAUAUCCGCCUUGACGGUUUCGCCCGACGGGGUCUUGCACGUGGCCGAUCAAGGUAGUCUUCAUAUCCUGGCUCUACAGCCGUAUCUGCCGAAUCACGACGAGAGCGGAGAGUUCCACAUUCCAUUUCCACCCUCGAAUGAGAUCUAUGUGUUCAAUCGUUACGGUCAACAUAUCUCCACGAAGGACUUGACGUCCGGCAGGACUCGCUACUCGUUCUUGUACAGCAAAAACACAAGCUACGGCAAACUGUCCACGGUGACGGACAGCGCGGGCAAUAAGGUUCAGUUCUUACGAGACUACAGCGGUGUUGUCAGUUCCAUCGAAAACACUCAAGAUCACAAAUCCGAAUUGAAGAUCUCCGCGAUCGGAUUCCUGGAGAAACUAUCUGAACAUGGCAGGGUCGACAUUGCUCUAGGCUACGACGGCAUGACCGGCUUACUCACCAGUCGAUCAAGGGGAGAUGAAACGUAUAUAUACAAUUACGACAGUCUGGGACGCGUUACUGACGUAAUACUACCAACAGGCGAAAAAUUGAAAUUAUCAACGGAUUUAUCCGACGACGAGGAUCUGUCAGUUAAAGUGUAUGCUCCGUUGCAAGCUUUAUCAAAGGGCGACAAACAACGAUUUGUGGAGUUUAAAAUGAAGAAUGAGAAGUCAAAAAUGUUGACGAUCACUGACGGUACUAAGCUGACGAAAGUAAUCUCAUUUACAAAUAGCAGUUUGGAGGCAUUUUUACCUGGUGGUGGUAGAAUAUUGAGCGCGCCCACAGCGAAGCAUCCUUUGCUGGAAGUAUCGUUACCAGUAGAAGCGGAGAUGUUGCCUAUGUGGAGUUAUCAGUUGAUAUCAUUGGGCGAAUUAACAAAUACAAUGACGACAACGUAUAAUCUAGUGGGAGACGUGAGCCACUCCCAGCAAACUCUCAACAGAGAAAUCUGGGUAAAUGAUACAAGAGUCAUAAGCGUUGAGUUUGAACAAGCGUUCAGUCGCGAAACAUUCUACGACAAAACGGGCACGCCCCUGUUGACGGUGACCUUCGAUCUGGCGGGCCUACCGUUAGUCUGGCAACCGCACGAGCAAGGUCACAAUCUCAGCAUAAUAUACGAUCGGUUUAACAGAAUUGAAAGCUGGAAAUGGGGCAUAUCCGACGAAUCUUACGGUUACGAUCGAUACGGCCAAUUAACGGAGGUCACCGACAGCAAAGAUGGCACAAAGCGAUACACCUACAAUGACUUCAAUAUGAUGUCGAAGAUCACGCUCGCCAGUAACAGGGAAUUCACCUUACAAUAUGACGACGACGGUGGACUACGACACAUUAUUCUGCCCUCGGAAACCAAGCAUUCCUUCUCCUGUCAAGCUUCCCUCGGUUUCCUGAGAGUCACGUAUACUCCGCCCGGCAGUACGAGGGCUUACCUGCAGCAUUACAGUCAUAACGGGAAUUUGCUGCAAACCGUAUUCCCGGGAGAUGGAGCUCGCAUUGUCUAUAGGUAUCAUACGUCGGGUCAAUUAGCAGAAGUAGUUCACGGGGAUGGCAAAAGUGAAAUCAAGUACACCGACAGCGGACUGCCCUCCGAAGUGAUACACUCCGAGAAAGACGUGGAGUACAAAUGGGAUUAUCAAUACAAUGCGGGACUGCUAGUGGAGGAGCGUAUAGACUUUGGCGCGAAAACCGGCUUGAGCAACGCCAAAUUCACUUUCGAGUACGACUCGAACUUUCGGUUGAUCGCGGUGCAGGGUAGAAUAGGCGGACAGACGUUACCACCGUACACCAUGGCUUACAGCACGAGGUCGGGCACGUUGGAGCAAGUCGGCCAAUUCAAGGUGACGCGGCCUCAACCGAACGAGACAACCGUAUUCGACGGAACUGCAUUGUUUUCGCGCACCACAGACGACAGGUUUCUGGAAACCGAGGUUACGGUGACGAUUCACCGAAUGCAGGUAUUCAGGAUGACGUUCACUCACGAUUCGCGCGGUCGCAUCAAUCAGACGAGGACGUAUACGCGCAACGUCGCUAUCAACACAUACACCAACGUGAAGAAUUAUACAUGGGACUGCGACGGUCAACUAACCGGAGUGGAGGCGCAAGAGCCUUGGGGUUUCAAAUACGAUGCCAAUGGUAACAUGCUGUCGCUCACUUAUCGUGGUAACACGAUUCCGAUGGAAUACAACACCAUGGACCGGAUAGUUAAGUUCGGCGAUGGCCUCUACAAGUACGACAAUAGAGGUUUGGUGGUGCAAAACGCGAGGGAGGAGAGAUUCAAUUACAAUACCAAAGGACUCCUCGUGCGCGCCACGAAGCGCGGCCGCUUCGACGUGCGAUACUAUUACGAUCAUUUGGACCGCUUAGCCACGCGAAAGGACAAUUACGGCAAUGUCACGCAGUUUUUCUACAACAACCAGAAGCGCCUGCACGAAGUGAGCCAAAUAUAUAGUCCGCGCGACGGCAAACUGAUGUCGUUAGUAUACGAUGACAGGGGACAUCUCAUAUUCGCGCAAGUGUACCGUCACAAGUACUACAUCGCCACUGAUCAAUGCGGCACGCCCAUCAUGAUUUUCAAUCAAUACGGAGAAGGCAUCAGGGAGAUCAUGCGUUCGCCUUAUGGUCACAUCGUUUAUGAUUCUAACCCAUAUCUAUAUCUCCCGGUUGAUUUUUGUGGUGGACUCUUGGACCAGGUAACAUCUUUGGUUCAUAUGCCAAACGGAAAGGUUUAUGACCCACUGAUCGGCCAGUGGAUGUCACCGCUUUGGGAAAACGUUCUGGACAGGUUGGACAAACCAACGCACCUACAUCUUUAUAGAUUGAACGGAAACGAUCCGAUCAAUGUCAGGCAUACGAACAAACCGAGUCAACCAACCGAUCACAUAUCAUGGCUAUCGCAUCUUGGAUACGACCUGAAAAGUCUGGCGCCGCAAUUAUUUCCGGACAAGCUGUCGGAUAACCUCAUGCCGCCAGCUCUGGGCCCGGAUACUUCCAUAUUUGGUAAAAAGAAACGAACGCGCAAUCUGGGCGUCCAGUCUGGCUUCUUUGCGCAUAUUGCCCAGAGGCACUCUAGUGACGCCGUGAGCCUGUCUGCGCCACUACGGUCCGCACUGAAAAAGGACACCAGUGAGUUGAUACCAAAUCGUCUGGGUGCAGCGUCAGACCCACCGUUCGGCAAAGGCAUCCUAGUCUCGAGAACUGCCGACGGUCAAGCGGUAGUGUCCAGUGUACCGACCGCUAACGCGAUCUAUGGCGAUGUGUUCACAUCUGUAUUCAAUCGCUCGUACUUCUUGCCGUUCACAUUCGUUGUGCACAGUGCGCAGCAGGAUGCCUUCUACUUUGUGAAGGAAGAGACUUGGCGUGCCAGCGAAGACCGCGGCCAGUUGAAGCGGCUGGGUGGCCAAGUGAACACGACGUUCCACGAGAACGAGAACGGGAGCGGUAGUAGCAGCUCGCUGAUCGACGUGAAAAUACACGGCGCCAGCUACGUGGUGAACCUGCGCUACGGCACCACAGCGGAGAAGGAGAAGCAACGGCUCCUACAUCACGCGAAAACGAGCGCCGUGAGGAAAGCGUGGCACCGAGAACGCGAAGCGCUCAAGGCGAACAUACCCACUUCGAUGGAGUGGAUGGCUACCGAACAAGACGAGAUACAGAAGAAUGGUAUCGCGAGCAAUUACGACGGCGAAUACAUACAUGACGUGCAACUGUACCCCGAACUCGCCGAGGAUCCCUACAACAUCAAAUUCGUGAAAAAGGCUGUGGACCAGUCAAGCAAGAAGCGACGCAGGAGGAGAGGUGUGCCGUCCUGUGAGCUUUGGUGGUUGGACAAAAUGUGCUAAAACGUUCAUAUGUCGUUGGCACCGAGUCAGUCGUACCGUCCCCUUCGCGUGGGGAUAUUGUCCAGUCCGAAGCCGCGCAAACUUUCGACUAAGCGACAACCGAAGCAACGAGCGAGAAACGGCUGAAACGAGGAGAAGAAGAUCGAGCCGCUGCAGCAUACGUAGCGUGCUCUGUAUAUGCACGCGCAUAUAUAUAAAUGUACUGAAUACUAUCAAGAAGUUUUAUACCAAAGUCUAUUUGUGUAUUUCAAAGAUGCCAAAAACACUAUAACGUUAUCAUAUAUAUCUAUGUGUGUGUGUAUGUAUGCAAUGUACAUGCAUCUACACACAUAUAUACAUAUAUAUUAUAAAUAAAUAUAUAUAUAUAUAUAUAUAUAUAUAUAUACACCGUGAGAUAGGGUAUAGUGUAUAAGAGAGUUGAACACGCGGAAGAGAACUCGGGUUACCAAGCAUUCACUCCACGGACCAGCUGUGCGACCGAAACGCGAUUGACAGAUUCGCGAAAGCCUUAUAGCGACAAAGAAGGGAGAAAGAGAGAGAUAGAAAGGAGAGGGAAGAGAAGGAAGGAGAGAAAAAGAGGGAGAAAGUAAGAAAAAGAAGAGAGGGUAACCGGAAGAAUGUAUAUCCGACCCCGGGAGUGAUAAACUUCGAGGGGAAGUAGAAACAUUGCGAGAUCUUCUCGAAGAUUCAGCGUGACGUUGACGUAACUGGGCUUCUUCACUAGUUCACAGAUUCGGGUGCAAUUCGAAUUCGAUGGGUCCGUUCGCGCGGAGCAAGGCCGGCAAGCUCGUCGAGCUUGCGCUCGAGGCCUAAAAUAAACGACGGACCGUAGUACCGCGCGCACUCGUCGUACACAUGUGCAAUGGUACGUCACGUUAAUGUAAGAUAUAUACACGUACACACGCGCACGCGCGCACACACACACAUACACAACACACAUAUACACACAUAUAUAUCGCAAAAAAGAAGAAAAGAGAUACGAGGAAACGAAGAAGUAAGGAGGAAAGGAGUCGAAAAACCGGCCAUUCGUCGUUGAGGGCGAAUCGAGUGAGAGAAACUAGUCAAUACAUAGCUUUACAUUGACGUAGCAUUCUUCUUCGUAGAAGAGUAAAGACGCGAGGCGAGUGUGAACCAGAAGAAGCGACGUCAUUAAACGUCACGAUGACGCGGACGCUAUGUGUUCGUCCGGCCGGCCCGGUUGAUUCGUGCGAUACUUGAACGUCAUACUCAGAUGGUCGCACAUCUCGACGUCGGUACGUACCGGAACGAAGUAGAUACCGGUCGCCCGGGAGCGAAUGCGGAGCGCGUCUCAACAAUGAAUGGCCCUGCGAAGAAGUGUAGGUAGACGCGGAAUCGAAGAAGGAGCGGUUCUCCUGAUGUCCCUAAGAAAGAGCGACGAUCGUGCGGACUCGAUCGUGCGGUCUCGAGCUUGAAUUCCGUUCGCGGCUUAGACAGUUAAGGACGAGACGAAUUUGUAUUAUAAAGUGGUGCUUUUCUUGUACGAGCGAGCGAGUGAGCAAGUGAUCGAGAGAGAGAGAGAGAGAGAGAGAGAGAGAGAGAGAGAGAGUGAGUGAGUGAGUGAGUGAGUGAGUGAGUGAGCGAGUGAGUGAAAGAGGAAGGAAGAGAAAGAACGAGUGAAUGUGGAAAAGAAUGAGAGAAUUGCUGAGAUGAUGUGACUGCGACAAUGAAGCGUGCAUGAAGACGUCGAAUACGAAUAUAGCGAGACUAAACAUAUUUUUAACAUGUGGAUGUGUCCUAUCUGUAGCGUAAACGUUCCCGAUCGUCGCCGGUCGGCAAUUUAUAUCGCAAUGUCAUGCACGAGUGUGAAGGAGAGAGAUAGUCGGUCGGGAUCGACGGUAGAAAUCCCGUAAUAGGGAUCGCAAAGGGAAGAGCGUAUCAGCCGAUGUCUGCGUAUAAGCUGGAAACGAGAAAAAUGAGGGAAGGAAUAAAGUUAUUAUCGGUAAAUAAUACGUAUAUACAUUAUCGCAUAUUUGUGCUUGCUGGAUAUGAACGUAACGAACGUUAACUAUGUUUCCUCAUCGAGAAUAACUAAAUGUAUAUCCAAAGUUACUGUCCGCCAAGUAUCGAUCGUUUUUCGCCGUAUACGCGUGCAUGUAUGUAUGCGCCAAUUGCUCGAGCAUAAAGGCCACGUGCGUCGAAGCACUUUAGCGUCGAGAGUCUUUUUCGUUAUCACUUAUCACCUUCGGCCGAUCCUUCUGUUCCUAUUCCCUCGUCCCCCAUUCUCCUCCCUCAGACUUCUCCGCGAAGAUCCCGGAUAUGUCGCGCGUGUAUUGUUUACUUGCGUCCUCACGAGUGUUCGUACUUGUCAUUGAUAUUUUGCAAACGCAGUUUUAGAAGCGACGCCGUUUAUGGAUAGUUAGUGGCACGAUACAUUGCUGUCCGUGAAUAGAUGAAAAAAAAAAACGUUAUUUAUAUGCUGCGUGUGUAAAAAGAGAAAUGAAUGAAAGAAAGAAAAAAAAGAAAGAGGCGGAGAGAGAGAGGAGAGAAAAAUAGGGAAACAUCCUAACGUAUUUUUAUUCGAGCGAGUGUUUAGACCACUCCAGCAACGUGAAACUCUGAAAGGCGUCUACAGCCCGUAUUAAUUUUUAUCAUUUGAAACUCAUCUCAAUUGAGAAACUCACAUUUGAAUUCAGAGUUACAUGAGAGUUUUUCAGUUAAAUCGUCAUUACAGAUGUAAAUAACACAUAUGUCAUAAUUUAAUAAAAAAAAGUUGAAUAUAACUCUGAAUAAAAAUCGAAGUAUUUUGCAUGUGUUUCAGAUGCCAACUAUUAAUAUGGACCUAAAAUCUGUAUUGACAGUCAUUACUCGAAACUUGUCCCACAUGAGAUACCUAGAUCUGUAUUUAGAGUUAGAUAGGAGUAUAUUAUUUGAAUCAUACAGCACAUGCAUUAUAUUCUUGACCGUAAUUGCUAAAAAAAACUCACAUCUAAUGGAAAGUAGAACAUUCUUGUUUUAAAAAUAUCUUUAUUUUUAUAUGUAAAUCUUAAAAUGACAUUACAUGCAAGUUAAAUGAAUAAAAGUUACUCGCAUCAAUACAUUUUAUAUGAUUCAGGAAAAUAUAUUCUUAUCAUUCAGAAAUAGUUUUCAUAAAUGAAAAACACAAAAUACUGAAUUGAAAAUGUUUUUAAAUGUCGGAAGAAAGCAUCAUUAUUAUCAAAGUAAUUAUAUUGCAUUUCUUAUGAGACUUUUAUAAUAUUCGAUGAAGUGAUAACAUUGUUGAAAUUCACAAGACUUAAGAAUUCUUCAAACAAAUUGUAUAUCUUAAUUAUUAAAAAUUUUUUCUCAAAAUUAUAUAUUAUAUAUACUUAUAUGAAACAAUGAUCAUUAAUUUGAGUAUACUAGUUUUAAGUGAAUGCUUAUUUUUUUCCUAUGUAUCUCACUUGAAAUAGGUUUCAAAUAACGAUUAUUAAUACGCGUUUAAGAAAUAUCUGAGAGAUGUCUGAAAGAUUGGCAUAUCUUUUCGAUGCCUGGGAUAUUGGGAUGUUCUUCGGGUGUCUUUGCUGUUUGUUGCAGGCCACAUUAUGUCUGGCCAAUUCUUUAAAUCGCGGUCCAAAACGAGCUCUAAUUCGAAAUACGCACGCAUUCAUGCCGACGAAGUCACUCGAUCCUUUUUGUACAUGUUUCGUCCCCGUCGCAUGCGUGCGUGCGUGCGUGCGUGCGUGCGUGCGUGCGCGAAACGAUGCACAAAGCGAGACUCGCUGAAUCGCGCCGUUCAAUUUAUCCUGCGCGCAAUUAUCAUUACGUUGUCCCGCAGACAGUAGCGCGAACAAGCUCAAUUGUCGAGCUAAACUCUUCCCUCGAUUAUUUAACGGAACCGGAACCAGCAAAUCUUAUCUCCCGUACGAUCUUCUGCAACGUUCAAUCGUCAGCAUAUCGAAUAAAACUUUAUUCGGCACUUUAAUCAGUUUUUCUAUGAGUAGUCGUUUUUGUUCAAAUUGCGUUAUUACCAUCGCAUUAUUAAUCGCGUUGUUACACCGUGAUUUUAUAUACAUAUAUAUAUAUAUAUAUAUAUAUAUAUAUAUAUAUAUAUAUAUAUAUAUAUAUAACUCUGCUUAAUAAUCGUAAUUACGACGGAAGUAGCAUCAAUCAACGUCCUUUAUUUCGACAAAACAGCGAAGAUAAUCUCGGUCCGUUUUCUAAAGGUUUUGGCUCUCGGCAGACAAACGAAGUAAGAAGGUACAGCCUUGAGAUUUAUGAAUAUCUAAACACUCACUGUCCUUUCCCGACCAGUUAGCUCCACACCUAUCCACUGCCUCUUAUACACACACACACAUGCGCGCGCGCACACUUGAUCUUUAACUGUAUUAUCCGCCGUUGGGCCCGGCAACGGUGCAUUCAAGAAGAAUUAACUAUUUUUAAAUAUUACGUGUCACAAAUUAACGAACGGGUCGAAUAGCCGCGACGUGUUGCGCGAACAGAAGCGGAGGGUGACCCACUUGAUGAGAGAUCCCCGACCGUCUCGCGAUUAUAAUAUUAGGAAAAGGAAUUCGCCCUCUAACUUCCGUGAAGUUUCAUCUCGUUUUUCGCGAACUCGUUACAAACUCAUUCGGCCCCCGCGGGCGACCACGACAAUUCCAUAUACUUCUCUAAAUAAAACUGAAGUAGAGCGCGCGAAGACGAAAUAAAUAUAUAAGAUGAAUAAAUAAAUAAAUAAAUAAAUAAAUAAAUAUAUGUGAAUAUAUUGAAAAGAAAUAUAUACAUACACACGAAAGAAGCUAGAGUGGCCAAUUAUAACAGUAACUGUCAAUCCACGCAUUACGACGUGAUUAGUUCUCAAGACGCGCGAUUUUGGGUGCGAACGCGACUCCAUGUCGAUGAGAAAGAAUCAGAAUUCCGUAAACGCGACGGAUUUUGAGGAUUUGUAAACACGAGCGUGUGUAUGUGUGUGAGAGAGAGAGAGAGAGAGAGAGAGAGAGAGAGGAAGAGAGAGAGAACGUAUGAAUAUAAAAGAGAUAUAGGAAAAAGCGAGCUGGAGAGAAACAAAAGAGUCAGCCACGCUAAAGCUACUACGACCACUACUCUAGAUAGAUUACGCUACUUUGCCGCUGAUCUAAUUGUUUACUGUCACGUGUUGCUGUAAACCUAAAUCUAACCUAACUAUACGAUAUUAUAUAUAUUUUAUUUAUAUAACCUAAUCGAGACCGUGUUUAUUGUAAAUAGUCACGAUGUUUGCUAUGGUAUAAUAUAUCUGUAAUUGGAUGGAACCUGCCUGAAACUGCGCCCAACCCUGUUCCCCUUGCAAUUAUAUAUUUGUACACACACAUAUAUAUACACGCACGCACACAUACGCGCACAUACACAUCCACGAUACCGGUACAAAAGCAGAUACUCACGUGGUCGCGCAUACAUUCAUACAUACACACGUAUACACGCAACAUAACGCGCAUACCGUAUAAUACGCGGUGUCGAUGCCGGGCAAUCGUUUAGCGAUAACUUACAGAAGAUGAUAAACAGAGAGAAAAAAUAGAUGUACUCGCGCGCGCGUUAAAUUAUCAUUACGUCAAUAUUUCGUAUCGUAUUGACAGGGCGGUCGAUUUUGUGUGAAACACUCGCGAAGCGUCGCGCUCUAUUUUACUAUAGAGAGGAAAAAACGCGAAGAGGGAAGGAAGGACUUAUCUCCGUCACUCGAUCAAGCCCAGUUCGGACGCUUCUGAGAACGAAAGUGUUACAGUGGUCACGAGUAAUUUUUAUAAAUAUAUUUUUUUGCUCCUGCGCGUGGUGUGUGUGUGUGUGUGUGUGUGUGUGUGUGUGUGUGUGCGUGUGCUUGUGCAUGAUGUGUAUACGCGCGCGCGCACGUGUGCACGCGUGUGUGUGUGUGUGUGUGUGUGGCACGUGUAUGAUGUGUGUCGCACGCGCGUGGCUGAGACACACCUAAAUACGAUUAUCAUCAUUGAAAUGCUAGAAAGAAUGAGAGUAGCAAGAAGUAAGCAAGGGUAAACGAAUGAAUGAAUGAAUGAGUGAAUGGAAGAAAGAAGGAGAAGGGGAGAGAGGACGAGAAGAGUGAGUAAUUUAUGGAUUUUCCACUUGAACCACUGCCACGCAGCAGACAGCGUCACGACCCAACCAGCAUGUCCAAUAAACUUACAAUAUUGCUAUCUUAAGUACAAUAUAUUAAGUGUUUUCAGAAAAUAUAUGAUCUAUAUAUGGUAAUAAAAAACGGGAAAAUGUU